UAAUAAACGACACCGAGGUGAUAUUGUUUUAUAACGUUGUGGUGUUAAAAUAAACAAAAUUAUAGACUGUUGUGGACGUGUGGAUCGUUAAAUCUAUUUGGAACUAUAUGACCACUGGUGUAAAACCAAAACAGGUUUUAAGCACCUUGUAACCCGAUCAUAUUGCACGUUGGAAUCAUGGGUUUUGGAAUAGAAGCCGAGUUUGAGACCGUAUUCAUUGGUCGAACAGAUGAGCUUCGAAAUUUGCAAACAUCAUGGAACACGAAGCGAAUGUUUGGAAUUUACGGGAUGAGAACUGUUGGUACUUCAAGGUUAGCGAAGGAGUUCCUGAUAAGUGUCAAAACACAGUAUGAUGAAUUGGUGUAUGUUAAUUUUAAAGAGAUAAGUGACAUUACACAGAUGUACGUCAAUAUGUGCGCGCAAUUGAAACUUUUUAUUGAAUCACAAACGAACGACAUUAAAUCAUGGGAAAACUUACUUUUCAGUGCAGUGUCAUCCAGUAAAAGAGAAUAUGUAUUUUUUUUGACAAUAUGGAAUAUUUCCUGGACAACGAAAGCGCAAUAAGAAAAUGUGUUGAUCUUAUAAAAUUUGACAAUGUCAAAGUUGUACUCACCUCAACCACAACUGUUCUUCUUGCAAAUGUUCGGCAUGUUUACCAUGUGUGCGAACUGCAUCCACUGAAAGCAGACGAAUCAUCCGAGUUGUUGAAAGCAGAAGCCCGGGACGUUGAUUACGGCGAAUAUUUAGAUAGAAUUGUACAUCUCAGUGAGGGGCUGCCGCUUUUGCUACUGAUGAUCGCGUCAGAGCUGCGCGAAAACCGAGGUAUGCUGACAGCCAAAGACAUGGCACAGCUACAAGCGGAAUGUAGAUUGCCGAUACUUAGUCGAGAGUUCUACCCCGAGGAGGACAGGGUGUCUCACGUGUAUCAACAGUUUAUCAGCAGGCUAAGUCAUUCUCACAGGAGCAGCUAUUCCGAGCUUGACUAUAUCCCGGGGUCUUUUACGGCGGAUGAAGCUGGUUCCAUUAUUGACGCCCCAACUGAUGUAGAGCAUCGUGUACUUAUCCCGAUGGUCCGAAGGCACUUUCUUAAUUAUGAUUCAACAAGCAGGCGCUUUAACAUACAGGGAAUCUUGCGUGAAUGUAUUAAAACCUUCUUUUCUCUCAGGAAUGCACACAUUCCAGAAGUACGAGUGCGAUACAUUAAGACCUUCACAGACGUGAUGAGGAGUAUUUCUUGGCGGUAUUCUUCACAAGAGUAUGCGAGCGCAUUGGCGGACUUUGGGUUUUAGCAGCCGAACCUGCAGAAGCUGUUGCUGGAGAUGCAGUACACGACACAGGACACAUACACGUUCUUCGUCCAAAUGGCUACUGAAUCUUCGAAGUUUAUUGAGCGAUAUCUUUCAGGUUAUGCGGAGAAGUUUUAUAGUGAAUGUCACCGCGCAGCUGACAGGUACGGCACAACAAUGGAUAAAGCUGUUAUUGAUCUGGCAGUGGGAAGCUUGUACACUUAUGUCAAGGUAA